AUGAGUGUUCACAAAGAAUGGGACCAAAACAAUCAUCCCAAUACCAUCACAACUGGACUCUUCAUUAUCAGCGAAGCGACGGAAGAUGUUAUUUUCACAAAUAUUAUUAGGAGCACCAGGGAGCUUGAAACAUAUGAAUUGGAGAUCCAGGCCCGGGUCCACGGCCUCUCGCUGAGCUCCCCCUCGGGCCUGAACACUGCCCAGUUGGCCGCCCAGGUCAUCAAGCAGGAGCCGUCACAAGGCAACCAGGCCACCAUUGAGCCCCCGCGGCUUCCCAGCAUGCCGCAGGCAGUAGGCCCGAGCAUGGACCUGGGCCUGGACCUCGGGCUGGGCCUGAGCGACCAGCCGCUGGCCUUCGACUCCAUGACCGACAUGCCCUUCCCGCUGAAGCUGGACUCCGGCCUGGGCAACAUCCUGCUGGACGACUUGCUGUCCCCGGUCGGAACCACUGACCCGCUGCUCUCCUCGGUGUCGCCUGGGGUGUCAAAGGGCAGCAGCCGCCGCAGCAGCUUCAGUAUGGAGGACGAACCGGGCUGUUAGGGGGAACCCCCCACCCCUCACCUGAACAUGUUCAACAACCCUCUCAUAAUUUUCCAACACGUCAGCAGCCUUCCAGAAUCUUCCAGACUCUUCAGCAACCGUCUAGAAUCGUCCGGACACUUCAGCAACCGUCUGGAAUCUUCCAGACUCUUCAGCAACCUUCUGGAAUCUUCCGGACUCUUCAGCAACCUUCUAGAAUCUUCCGGACACUUUAGCAACCUUCUGGAAUCUUCCGGACACUUUAGCAACCUUCUGGAAUCUUCCAGACUCUUCAGCAACCUUCUGGAAUCUUCCGGACUCUUCAGCAACCUUCUGGAAUCUUCUGGACACUUCAGCAACCGUCUGGAUCUUCCGGACACUUCAGCAACCUUCUGGAAUCUUCCGGACACUUUAGCAACCUUCUGGAAUCUUCCGGACUCUUCAGCAACCUUCUAGAUUCCUCCAGACGGGUCAGCAACCUUCCAGACCAUUCAGCAACCUUCUAGAAUCUUCCAGACCCUUCAACAACAUUCUGGACUCCUCCAGACCCCUUCAGCAACCUUCCAGAAUCUUCCGGACACUUCAACAACCUUCCAGAAACCUCUGCAUGUGGGUCAACAUUAGGGAAGCCUUCAGAUACAUCAGCAACCUUCUAGAAACGUCCCGAUGUUUCAGAAACCCUCUCGAAAGUUCUAGACACCUUUUCAGGAGCUCCCGGGGGGGGGGUGUCUGAAACCUUCUAGAAAUGUCCGGGCAACCCUCCAGAAGCUUCCAGAAAUAUCGGCAGCCUUCUAACAGUAUCAGCGAGCUUCUAGAGACAUCUAGACAUUGUGGGUAACCUUCGAGAAACCUCAUAAACCACUCAACUCUUGUUCAAAGAAUGAACACCCCCCUCGUUUUUAUUAUUUUAAAGAAAAAUGUUUCCUUUCUGUUUAUUUUACUUU